CGGGGCGUGUCCGGCGCCUGCGCAGUGCUCGCCGCGGGUCCCGAACGCAAGAUGGCGGCGGUCGCUGCCAGGGUGAGGCGGCCCCGGGAUGGCGGCGCGAAGCGGAACGGCCCCCGGCAGCCCCCCGCCCCGCCGCGGCGCCCACGCAAUCGCUGAGCCAUGGCCAAUGAAAACCACGGCAGCUCCAGGGAGGACGCCGCUCUGAUGAGCCACUCCCCCGGCACGUCCCACCAGAACCAGCCCAGCUCCCCCAAACCCGUUCGGGUGGUGCAGGAUUUGCCAGAUGAGCUGGUGCAGGCUGGCUGGGAGAAGUGCUGGAGCAAGCGGGAGAGCCGCCCCUACUAUUUCAACCGCUUCACCAACCAGUCGCUCUGGGAGAUGCCACUCCUGGGACAGCAUGACGUCAUUUCUGACCCUCUAGGUCUGAACGCAGCUCCGGGGCCUGCUGAAACGGCCGUUGGUGACGCCGCCAGCGCUGAAGGCAAGCUCCGGAAGCGGAGGCUGUCUGAGGAGGUCCAGCCCAGUGGAAACAGCGUGAAGAAGCCCAAGGUUGACAUACCUCCAGCUCAGCCCACCCCCAACUCCUCCAGUACUCCCGGGACCCCUCUCUUGAAGUUGUUGGGGGUCUCUCCUGAAGACAAGCAACAGGCAGCUCUUUUACGACCAACCGAGGUGUACUGGGACCUGGACAUUCAGACGAAUGCGGUGAUUAAGCAGCACCCCCCCUCCAAGGUGCUGCCUCCCCACCCGGAUGUGGAGCUCCUCCGGUCCCAGCUGAUGCUGAAGCUGCGUCAGCAUUACCGGGAGCUUUGCCAGCAGCGGGAAGGGAUCGACCCCCCACGCGAGUCUUUCAAUCGCUGGAUGCUGGAGCGGAAGGUGGUGGACAAAGGGACCGACCCCUUGUUGCCCAGCGACUGCGAUCCGGUGGUCUCGCCUUCCAUGUUCAGAGAAAUCAUGAAUGACAUUCCGAUCAGGUUGUCUCGAAUUAAAUUUCGGGAAGAAGCCAAGAAGCUGCUCUUCAAAUACGCAGAGGCUGCGAAGAGGCUGAUCGAAUCCAGGAGUGCCUCUCCAGAGAGCAGGAAGGUGGUGAAGUGGAACGUGGAGGACACCUUCAGCUGGCUGCGGCGGGACCACUUGGCCUCCAAGGAAGACUACAUGGACCGUCUGGAGCACCUGCGCAAGCAGUGCGGUCCCCACGUGUCGGCUGCGGCCAAGGACUCGGUGGAGGGCAUUUGCAGCAAGAUCUACCACAUCUCGCUGGAGUAUGCGAAGCGCAUUGGAGAGAAGCACCUGGCCCUCCUCAAGGAGCACGGCAUAUCAACGGAGGUGGAGGCUCCUCCAGAGGUGGAGGACCGGCUGGUGUACUGCUUCCCGGCGAGGCUGGCCAUCCCUUCCCCGCCGCUGCCGAACGUGGAGAUGCACGUGGAGAACAACGUGGUCUGUGUGCGCUACAAAGGCGAGAUGGUGAAAGUGAGCCGCAACUACUUCAGCAAGUUGUGGCUGCUCUACCGCUACAGCUGCAUCGAUGACCCCGGCUUUGAGCGCUUCCUGCUGAGGGUGUGGUGCCUUCUCCGCAGAUACCAGAUGAUGUUUGGCGUUGGGCUCUACGAGGGGACUGGCCUGCAGGGGGCGCUCCCCGUGCACGUCUUCGAGGCCCUGCACAGGCUCUUUGGCGUCAGCUUUGAGUGUUUCGCCUCCCCGCUCAACUGCUACUUCAAGCAGUACUGCUCGGCCUUCCUGGACACCGACGGGUAUUUUGGGUCGCGAGGCCCCUGCCUGGAUUUCUCCCCCAUCAGUGGCUCGUUUGAGGCCAACCCUCCGUUCUGCGAGGAGCUGAUGGACGCCAUGGUGACGCACUUUGAGAAACUGCUAGAGAGCUCCAGCGAGCCCCUCUGCUUCAUCGUCUUCCUCCCGGAGUGGCGGGACCCCCCCACACCAGCCCUCACGCGCAUCGAGCAGAGCAAGUUCAAGCGGCACCAGCUCAUCCUGCCCGCCUUCGACCACGAGUACCGCAGCGGCUCCCAGCACGUCUGCAAAAAGGAGGAGAUGUACUACAAGGCAGUCCACAACACGGCCGUCAUCUUCCUGCAAAACGACGCUGGCUUCGCCAAGUGGGAGCCCACCGCCGAGCGGCUGCAGGAUCUGGUCACAGCCUACAAGCACACGGGGCGGGCCCUGGCUGCCUCGUCGUCCUCCUCCUCCUCCUCCACCUCCGCUGCAGACAACGACCGAGAGACAGUGCGGGAGCAGAGCACCAGCCGCGAGUCGACGCCCAAUUAGCAGCUUGACUGGCGGAGCAGCCCGUGGCCGGCUCUCCCGGGGAAUGUUGUGCCCCCUGCCUACUCGCCAGAGGGACCCUCCGUGGCAGCCUACGUGGACAGUGGCUGGAGGAAGGGGCCUGGCGGGGGGAGCGAGGCCUGAGGAAGUGGAGGGAGGGCAAGCCACGGCCCAGCGCUGCAGUAGGAACUCGGGGACUGCUCUGGCCACAGGGGGGGUGGGGCGGGAUGCGCUGGGCCCCGAGAGGGUCUGGCCCAGCGGUGUUUAUAGUGUACAUACGUGUCAGUGAGUGUGACGCCUCCACUCCACCACGCAGGCCAUCCCGGUUGCCUUUCUCUCGUUUCUCACCCAGUUGCGUGUACCAGUUGUGUGUUCUCACUGAUGCCGCUGACUGCCGCCCCGCAGAAGAGCGCAGGAGCUCCCGUUCUGUGUGUGCAGAGGCCUUGGCCGCCAUUUUGUAGUUGUCAUGAUUUCUGCCUGGAGCCUCCGGCCUGUCUCAGAGGCCCCCGAGAGUCGUUUUUUUAUUUUUAAAAAGGGUUUAAUUUAACAGCACUAACCAUUUUAUUACUUCUAUCGACAGAGCAAAGGAAAGUCUAUUUUUGAUUUCAUUUCCUAGUUCUUAGGAACAUUAAAAACCAGCAUUACGUUGC